AUGCUUCUCGAUAGGCAGCUGGUGGAGGUAGAUGAGUGGCUGGUGGAAACAGUAGCUGGUCAGCAAGAGAGUCUGGAGGUCAUUUACAGUCGAUGUCGAGCCUUUCCAAUAACACCGAAGACGGUGGUCAAUGCGGCAAGAAGCGUCGAUGCAAUGAGGGUCUUGCUCAAUAGCCAGAUAGAUCAGGUUGUCAUCACAGACGAGGUGGUCAAGUCUGCAUUGACGGGGUUUGAAUCCAAUGAAUGCAUAAGCCUACUGCUGACUCGUCUGGGAUCCGAGGCAGUGCCUAUUACCGAGGACAUCCUAAUCCAUGCUAUCCGGCAUAAGAAGUUGAAAGCUCUGGAGUUGCUUUUGGAACGACGCCGGGACCUGAACCUCGACGCGGUCUGGGAAGCAAUAUGGCAGGAUAUUGAAAUUGACCCAUAUCUUCUGGCAAAAGCAGCGCAGGCUCUUUUUCCCUUUGCCAAGUUUAACGUCUCCAAUCCAAUGCUGGACAGGUUCCAACCUUGGGAUUUUGACAGGUUUAUCCGCUUGUGCAUGCAGCAUCGCAUCCCGUUAUCCACCACCGAGGCAACAGUCGAGUUGAUCGUGGAGAGGUCGAGUCUGUGUACGAUCGACGGAUUCCUGAACGAUCAUCCUGAGAUCUCCUUCACUGCCUGACACGUCCAAGCUGCGGAAAGGAACCUGACCCAAUACUUAGAUAAGGAUGCUUUCGUGCUGCUUCUGCGGUCCCGGUCAGGUUCCUCUUGCAGUACGGAAAUGGUCAAGUCUUCUGUUGGAUAGAGAUGUAUAGAGUCAUAAUCCGCUGCAUCUUGCUAAGAGGGGCUCUGGAGUGUUGACAUCUCAAGAUUUAUGAUUUGUGCUUUUGAAGGUGGAGCGGCGGUCAUUCAGAAUCACCGCAUGCGGCAGUAUAUUCUUUGUGGACUUUGCUGUGCAGUGAUAUAUGAAUUCUCUUGUGCUGAGAGAGAGUGCCAUGGUAAGCCCCCUAUCCAGGGUCUAUGAGUGAAGGCUUAUCUGACCACUUGGAACCAGCAAC